GCUCCAGGGUAUACACGUCGUCGACACGCUGAGACUCGGCCGCCUCACCACUAAUUUACCUGGGCAUGCGACCAUGCUUCCGCACUGCGACUAGCCUCCUGCAGGCCUGGCAGGCGCCUUCGCUAGCUCUUCGCGCCUCAGUUGGCAUCCGGACUUUUACCUCGUCCGCCCCUAGACAUGCCCAAGCCCACAAAGUCCAGUCCCCGCUGGAAGCUAGGAUUGCAGCCAUUCCAAUAGACCGAUUUCGAAACUUCUGCAUUGUCGCCCAUGUUGACCACGGCAAGAGCACACUCAGCGACCGCCUCCUGGAGCUCACAGGCACAAUUGAAGCCGGGGGGAAGAAGCAGUUUCUGGACAAGCUUGACGUCGAGCGCGAACGCGGCAUAACUGUGAAGGCGCAGACAUGCACCAUGGUCUACAAUCACAAUGGGCUGGAUUAUCUGCUGCACCUGGUGGAUACGCCUGGCCAUGUAGACUUCCGGGCCGAAGUCUCGAGGAGCUAUGCUAGUUGUGGAGGAGCUCUAUUGCUUGUUGAUGCCAGCCAGGGCGUCCAGGCGCAGACCGUUGCAAACUUCUACCUCGCGUUCUCCCAAGGUCUUCGACUGGUACCCGUCAUCAACAAAGUCGAUCUUCCCAGCGCGGAUCCCCAGCGAGCGCUCGAGCAGAUGGAAACCACAUUUGAGCUUGAUCCCAGUCGUGCGGUACUGGUCUCCGCGAAGACUGGACUAAACGUAGAAGCUCUCUUGCCCAACGUUAUCGAUCAGAUCCCAGCGCCAGUGGGUGAUCACACGAAGCCCCUGCGCUUGUUACUCGUCGACUCGUGGUACGAUGUCUACAAAGGCGUGAUUCUUCUAGUUCGUAUAUUUGACGGGCAGGUAAAGCCCGGAGAUCACAUUCGCUCCUUUGCAACUGGUCUCAAGUAUAUAGUAGGAGAAGUCGGGAUCAUGUACCCUGACCAAACCGCACAGACUGUCCUCCGAGCAGGCCAGGUCGGAUAUAUACAUUUCAACCCGGGCAUGAAGCGCUCCCAGGAGGCUAAAGUAGGCGACACAUACACUACGAUAGGCUCGGAGAAGCUCGUCGAGCCUUAUCCAGGCUUCGAGGAGCCUAAAUCUAUGGUGUUUGUUGCUGCGUAUCCUGUCGACCAAGACAAGUACGAGCACCUCGAGGAGAGCAUAAAUCAAAUCGUUCUCAACGACCGUAGUGUCACCGUGCAGAAAGAGUCGUCUGACGCUCUCGGUGCCGGCUGGCGUCUCGGCUUCCUUGGAACCUUGCACUGCUCAGUCUUUGAAGAUCGGCUUCGCCAGGAACAUGGUGCCAGUAUUAUCAUCACACCUCCCUCCGUGCCGUUCAAAGUUGUCUGGCGCGACGGCACCGAAAUAGUCAUCUCCAACCCCGCCGACUUCCCGGACCAAGAUACACAUCACCAGCGAGUUUCCGAAUUACAAGAGCCUUAUGUGUCUGUUACCAUCACUCUCCCAGAAGAGUACAUAGGCAAAGUGAUUGAGCUUUGUGAGGCAAAUCGCGGUGAACAGAAGGAACUUACAUUUUUCACGGCUACCCAGGUCAUCUUGAAGUACGACCUCCCACUCGCUCAUCUGGUCGACGACUUCUUCGGUAGAUUGAAGGGGGCAACCAAGGGCUACGCGACUCUGGACUACGAAGACGCAGGUUUUCGGCGAUCCAACAUCGUCAAGCUCCAGCUAUUGGUUAACGGCGCUCCUGUCGAUGCCGUGGCGCGAGUACUGCACACUACCCAGGUCGAUCGUCUCGGUAGACAGUGGGUCGAUAAAUUCAAGGAACAUGUCGAUCGUCAAAUGUUCGAGGUGGUCAUCCAAGCGGCCGUGGGGAGAAGAAUUGUGGCUCGAGGGUCGAUUAAGCCUUUUAGAAAGGACGUAUUAGCGAAGCUUCAUGCUAGUGAUCUCAGCAGGAGGAGGAAACUACUCGAAAAGCAAAAGGAUGGCAGGAAGAAAUUGAGAGCGGUGGGAAAUGUCGCAAUCGACCAACAGGCGUUUCAAAAAUUCUUAGCCAAGGGCUGA